AUGCCUGAUUUUAAACCAGGGCAAAUUGUGCAGCUAAACGAUGGCCGCAAAGCCACGGUCCGGUUCGCUGGACAAACCAGCUUCCAGGUGGGCGAGUGGAUAGGGGUCGAGCUCGAGGACAAGACGGGCAAAAACGAUGGCAGUGUCCAGGGACAGCGCUAUUUUGACUGCCCAAUGGGAUAUGGCAUGUUUGUCAAGCCUAUGAUGGCUACCAUCGUCGCUCAGCCCCCUACCGCUGUUAAGCCCGGAGUCAAGAAAGCUGCUCGGCCAAGCAGCUUCAUCAAUCCAGCCGCCAACCGUGUCUCCAUCGGGAACGAUGCCACUCUGAAUAGACGAAAGAGCCUUAAUGCCCCGAGCCCAAGUCCGGUUUCUAGAACGACCCGUCCUGCCAGCAUCGGAAGACUUCCGGGCUCCGCUUCUCCCACGAAGUCUCCAACGAAACCUUUGAGCGGUGCAUCUAGCGCCGCAGCUUCACGAACCGGGACACCAUCGAACGCAAGGGUUUCCUCGGCUGGAGCGCGAACUCGCACCGCAGUUCCGGCUCAGCGGACGUCUAUGGGACCUCCCGCAGCCCCUGCGUCGCGUACCACGAGACAAGCUUCAGUAUCUUCGGUCGCCUCACGAGGCAGUAUAUCGCACACCCGUUCAGCAAGCGGUAGAGCUCCCGGUCUUGCAGGCCUACGGCGUUCGGACUCCGGUCGACGCCCUUCGGCCGACUCACAAGCUGGCUACGAGGGCAAUGCAGGCUCACGGAGCGGCGAAACUGCCCCAAACUCGCCUGUAAAAAGCGAUGCCGAGAUAUUGUCACCUCAACCAAAGAGUCCCGUUUUGGCUAAAACAAACAACUUGGAGAAGCUGGCUGCCGCAUCUUCGGCAGCGCAAAAGCCAGCUACUCCGGUCGGCAUGCCCCGCUCAGUAUCUGGCGGUCUACUGAACAAGGAAGUUGAGGAUUUGAAGGCAAAGCUAAAAGUUUUGGAACGAAAGCGCCAGGAAGACCGUGAUAAACUAAAGCAAUUGGACAAGGUCCAAGGCGAACGAGACAAGUUUUCCGACAUUAUCCAGAAGCUGCAAUCAAAGUACCAACCACAACAACAAGAAUUAAUCGAACUCAGAAAGCAACUAAAAGAAGCUGAAGUGAGAUUUGACUCGGUGGAGGCUCUUCAAGCUGACCAUGAUACCGCUUUGGAGCUGGCAACCCUUGAUCGAGAAAUGGCGGAGGAGAAUUACGAGGUGCUCAAGGUUGAGCUCGAAGCUGUGCAGCAAAAGGCCGAAGAGCUCGAACUGGAGGUCGAAAUCCUUCGCGAGGAAAACGCAGAGUACAGCAAAGGGAUGACACCCGACGAGAAAACCAGUGCCAAUUGGAUGCAGAUGGAGCGGACCAAUGAGCGUCUCCGUGAGGCGCUGAUUCGACUGAGAGACAUCACUCACGAACAAGAAGAAGACCUCAAGGCCCAAAUCGCUGUUCUGGAAGAAGAUGUUCGCGACUUUGGUAAUACCAAAGAAGAGCAUGAGAAGACCAAGGAAAAGCUGCAGCAAUCCGAGGCCGCGGUCGAUGAUCUUCGCUCGCAGCUUGAUACUGCUCUUGGUGCCGAAGACAUGAUCGAAGACCUUACCGAACGAAACAUGAGCCUAUCAGAGCAGAUGGAAGAGCUGAAGGCUGUAAUUGAGGAUCUGGAGAGUCUGAAGGAAAUCAACGACGAGCUCGAAAUCAAUCACGUGCAGAAUGAAAAAGAGCUUCAGGAAGAGCUCGAUUUCAGAGACAGUGUCAUUGCCGAGCAAGUUCGCCGAGCCGCCCAGCAGGAGGAGAAUUUCGAGGACAUGGAAUACACCUUGUCCAGAUUCCGUGAGCUGGUCACGAACUUGCAGACGGAUCUGGACGAUAUGCGAGCCUCGCAGGCUGUCACAGAGGGCGAAUCUGAGAAACUGAAUGACCGUUCGCGCGCCAUGAUGGAUCUUAACAUGAAACUGCAGAUCUCAGCUGCCAAGGCUCAAGUCAAGACAAUUGAUCUCGAGAUGCGACGCCUCGAGGCUCAAGAGGCAGAACAACACCUUGAGAUCGUCAAGCUCUUCCUGCCCGACACGUACAAAGAAGAGCAAGACUCCGUCCUCGCACUCCUCCGAUUCCGCAGGCUUGCAUUCAAGUCCAACCUGCUUAGUGGGUUCAUCAAGGAGAAACUCAACGGACAACCGCAGCCGGGUCAUGAGGACGACUUAUUUGCUGGCUGUGAUGUGGUUGAUAAGCUGACCUGGGUCGCGACAAUGUGCGACCGAUUUUUCAACGACAUGAGCCACUGCUCUAUGACACAGUUUGGCAACUACCGGAAUGCUUUGCUCGAAGUGGAACCAGUUGAGCGUGCACUUAACGGCUGGAUUGAUAGUCUGCGCAAGGACGAACUCAAGGAGAAGCAGUGUGCUGAAGUAUUACAGCGAACCAUCGCUUUGAUGUCUCACCUCGGCGAGGUCCACCUUGCCGAUGAUGCUCCUGCAUACGCGGAUGAGUCUCAUAUGAAGGCGGUUGUUGUUCAGAGCCAUCUAGAGUCUGCCGCAAUUUCGUUCAAUGCCACGCGUGUCAUGGUCGAACGGGCUACCUCUGUCGACGGCGCCGAUGAGGAGAUGACGCAGCUGUUGGCCAAGAAAUUUGAAACUGUCAUCACCCAAACCCGAAGUACCAAGGUCAUUGCCGGCAAGGCUGUUCGCGCAUUGGAAGACCUGAAGACAAGGUCACUCUCCUUGCCACCGGAGACUCGCGACUUGUUUGAAUCUUGCCAAACUGCCGGCGAAGGCAUCGCUGUUCUGUCUCGCAGGAUAGGCACAGCUCUCCACACACUCUUUACGCAAGAUGAAGGACGAACUGAUCCAUUCACACACUCUGAUGUGCAAAAUGCCAUUCAUGCGGCGGUACUGGAAGUCACAUUUUGCAGUGAAUCGGACAUGUUCUCUCAAUACCUUCUUCAAUUGCGGAACCUCCAGGCUCUGGUUUCCGAAGCUGUUGGCCUGGCUACAGAUCUCAGCCAGACCCGCGAGUUUGACGUCAGCCCGGCGCCGUGGAAGCUCCGCUCGCAGGAGCUGAAGGCUCUAAAGGCUGUUCCCAUUGAUGCCGAGGAAGAGCUUAGACGACUCAAGGAGGAGCACGGCGAAGCUCGCCGAACCAUUGCCCAGCGUGACGAGCAUCUCAGCACCGCCGCUCUCAAAAUCGAGACACUCGAGUCCCGCAUGCGCGAUGCACAGACCAACGUUGAACGUAUUCAUGCUCUGCAACAGGACCUGGAAGCUUCUACGGAACAGGCAGCCAGUCUCAAGGAUGAUAUUGAGAAGCAAGACCGAGAGCUGAAGAUGCUCGAAUCGGAGCGGGACAAAUGGAAGAAGGUUGCAAGUGACAGCCGCGCGUACGCAGACGGCGCGGGUGCUGCAGGCAACAAGGCUGGUCAAGAACGUGCCGUCGCUACAGCGCGUGAGAUGGAUGCUCUUAAGAAUGAGAUUGAAAGCUUACAAUCUGCCGUGCGCUACUUGCGUGAGGAUAACCGCCGUGCCCGCCUGACUGAGCAACAAAACUACGACUGGCUCGCCGAGCCCUUGAAGAAGCCCACCAGUGCUGCAGAGCAGCGUAAAGCCCUGGUGAUUGCUGAAGGCAAAGAUGCGCUGAGUGAGCUUGUGAAGAUGACAUCGUCGGCUGGCAUAUUCAACUAUGGCUCGAUUCCCAAGGAUAGACUUGCAUGGCGGUCAGCGAAGACGACGCCGCAGUAUCAUGCAGCCAAGCAGACGGAGGACUUUGCCGCGUGGAAGUCGUGGCAAGACUCGGUGGCGAGGAAGAGCGAGUCUAUUGCACUGCCCGCCCUCGGCGUUGCCGUGGACGGGUCUCGUUUGAGACCAGUUGCGCGACUGCAAAUCAGACUACCUGGGCCGGACGGCAAGAUGUUGAAAUCUGGCACACGCAGCCGGGUGCAAAUUGUGGGAUCGCGUGAAUGGGAUGUAUUACAGAGUGCGAGAGUUGCUGCUGUAUAA